AUUUUAGGUGUCUUCAUUUAGCUAGAUAAGAAACUUAAGAAAUAAAGAAAAAAAUUUAAAUUUUAAAUUAAAAACUCAUAUAAUCCUUUAAAUUAGAUGAUAUUCAAUUUGAGACGCUUAAUUUGAUAUGGAGGAAGUAUGGCUCAAGCAUUUCUCAUCAAUCCACUCACGUUUCCCUUCAAAACCAUUUAAAAAAGAAAAAGGAAAACAAGAAAGAAAAAAAUUGAGAAAAGAAUUAUAACAUCAGAAAUCGAACUCUCAAAAUUCGCAUAGACAAAAGAGUAAAAGUUCAGAGUCAUCAACUAAUCUAGUAAGAUUCUUCACGUUUCCUUGUCUACUAUUUGUACUUCCACAAGUGUUCCAACUUCAGUUCACAGGAUAAUUCUGAAUUCACUCUGCAGCCAUGGAACAAAAACAACCACACCCCAAAACUGAUAACUUUUCUAUAGCGGUUGAUUACGAUCACAAAGCCACAGAAUUCCGCCCAUUCUCACUAUCUUCACCUCACAUGCGAGCUUUCCACCUCGCAUGGCUCUCACUCUUCUCCUGCUUCUUCUCAACUUUUGCAAUUCCUCCACUUCUCGAAGUCAUUCGUAAAGACCUCAAUCUCACCCAAACUGACAUCGGUAGAGCCGGAAUCGCUUCCUUCAUCGGUUCCAUUUUCUCCCGUCUCGCUAUGGGACCCGCAUGUGACAUGUUCGGUCCACGUAUUGCCUCUGCCACCCUGUCCCUUCUCACUGCCCCCAUAGUUCUCUCUACUUCUCUAAUCUCCUCCGCAAAUAGCUUCAUACUAGUUCGAUUUCUCAUUGGAUUUUGCCUUGCAAAUUUCGUUGCAAGUCAGUUUUGGAUGAGCUCAAUGUUCUCUGGAUGUGUUGUUGGACUUGCUAAUGGAUUUGCUGCUGGUUGGGCUAAUGUAGGCUCUGGCAUGACACAAUUAGCCAUGCCGCUUGUGUAUACUAUGUUCACAAAUUGCUUAAACAUUCCUUCGUACAUUUCGUGGCGUAUAGCGUUCAUUUUCCCAGCAAUUUUCCAAGCGGGGACCGCAAUUUUGGUCCUCGUAUAUGGCCAGGACUUGCCUGAUGGGAACUACAAACGUAAGAUUACAAAUAAACAAAGUGAAAAUUUGUGGAGCGUAGUUUUCAACGGGCUAAAGAAUUACAGGGGAUGGAUAUUGGGAUUAACGUAUGGAUUCUGUUUCGGAGUUGAAUUAACUACGGAUAACAUAAUAGCGGAGUAUUUUUACAAUAGAUUUCAUGUGAAUAUUGAUAUGGCAGGGGCAAUUGCGGCGAGUUUUGGGCUAGCAAAUUGUGUGUCGAGGCCUGUUGGUGGGAUUAUUUCAGAUAAAAUGGGGAAGAGAUUUGGGAUGAGAGGGAGGUUGUGGAGUUUGUGGGGGGUGCAGACGGUGGCUGGAUUGACGUGCGUGCUGCUUGGUCGAGUGAAUACAGUAGGGCCGUCUGUUCUUGUUAUGGCUUGUUUUUCUCUGUUCGUUCAAGCUGCUUCUGGACUCACGUUUGGCAUUGUGCCCUUCGUAUCCAAAAGGUCGUUAGGAGUGAUAUCAGGCAUGACAGGAAGCUGUGGGACAUUAGGCGCAGUGAUAACACAGCUCCUGCUAUUUUCAGGUUCCACAAAAUUCUCCACCCAAACAAGCAUAUCAAUUAUGGGCCUAAUGAUGCUUGUCUUCACUCUGCCUAUUACACUCAUCUACUUUCCCAGGUGGGGUGGAAUGUUUUGUGCUUCUUCAAUUGAUGAAGAAGAUGAUGAAAACUACCACCUACUAAAUUAACAAUCACGUUGGAUGCAGAAGUUAAAUUAAGUGUUAAAUUAAAGUAUAUGUGAGAAGUAAGUUGUAUAGCUAGGAUUUUAAAUAGCAAUUUGUAUCAUGUAUACUUAGUUAUGUAUUAAAACGGGUAGUUAGUUAUGUAUUAAAAUGGGGUAUGGAGUGUUUAUAAUGCACUUAUAGUCUCAAUUUAAUGUUAAGACUUAAUUUGGAACGUCCAUGAAAUAAUUGGUGUGAGAAUGUAAUCUCUUCAUUAUUAAAUAUUAGUUAUGAAUUUAUAUUAAU